CUUAGUUCCGCGGAGUACCGCCCCCCUGCCGAGCUUCCCCACUACAUUGGCUUAAUUUCUCCCUCGGCCCCGCCCCUGAGGCCCGCUUUUUACCAUCAUUGGCGGGGCCUUGCCUCGGACCCCGCCCCCUGUCCGGCUCCCCGCUCCCAUUGUCUCCGCAGAUGCCGCUUGGUCCAGCUAUCGUGCUCGGGAUUCAGUUUUCCGAGGUCGCGCUCUUUCUCUGGCCGGCGGAGCGGUGCGUCGGCAGAGAACCGGAUUCCCGAGUUCGGGCUGUUCUCUCCUUCUUGGGACACACUUUGCUGAACCAGGUCGGCAGCAGCUAUGUCCGCUCUGCGAUCUCUUCUGCUUCUGCUGCUGUCUCUGUGUCCCGGUCCUGGUCCUGGACUUGGGAGCGAGGCAAAGGUCACCCGGAGUUGCAUUGAGACCCGGCAGGUGCUGGGGGCCCGGGGAUAUAGCUUAAGCCUACUCCCUCCCGCCCUGAUUUCAGGUGAACACCUCCGGAUCUGCCCCCAGGAGUACACCUGCUGUUCCAGUGAGAUAGAGCAGAGGCUGACUUGGGACACUGAGGCCACCUUCCGAGGCCUGGUGGAAGAGAACGGCUCAUUCCUGGUUCACACACUGGCCUCCCGGCACAGAAAAUUUGAUGAGAUUUUUCGGGAGAUGCUCUUGUCAUCUGAGCACUCUCUGGCCCUGCUCUUCCAUCGCUCCUUCGGCCACCUGUAUUCUCAGCACGCCCCCGUAUUCAGUGGCCUGUUCUCUCGGCUGCGGGACUACUAUGAGAGGUCCGGUGAGGGGUUAGAUGACGCUUUGGUGGAUUUCUGGGCACAGCUCCUGGAGAGAUUGUUCCCCCUGCUGCAUCCACAGUACAUCUUCUCCCCUGACUACCUGUUUUGCCUCACUCGCCUCGCCUCCUCUGCUGAUGACUCUCUGAAGCCUUUUGGGGACAUACCCCGCCGCCUCUACCUGCAGAUAACCCGGGCCCUGGUGGCCGCCCGGGCCUUUAUCCAGGGCCUGGAGACCGGAAGAGAUGUGGUCAGCGAAGCACUUAAGGUGCCAAUGUCUGAAGGUUGCAAGCGGGCUGUGAUGCGUCUGACUGGCUGUCCCCUUUGUCGGGGCGUCCCCUCACUGCCACCCUGCCGGGGCUUCUGCUUCAAUGUGGCCAAUGGCUGUCUCCGAAACCAGGGACUGGACCCUGACUGGGAGGCCUAUUUAGAUGCUCUCCUGUUACUGGCUGAGAAGCUCCAGGGUUCUUUUUCUUUUGAGCUGGCAGCCCGAUCCAUUGGGCUGAAGAUCUCGGAAGCUUUGAUGUAUCUGCAGGACAAUAGUGUGGCAGUGUCAGCCCAGGUGUUUCAACAAUGUGGGAACCCCGAACGGAUACUGGCCCGGACCCGCCGAGCCCCACCCCCGCAGGAAGAGGUGGGCCGCUUCUGGACCCCGCCGGCUGCUGCGGGGGCAGCGGCGGCGGCUGCACCGGCGGGGGCGGGGGCGGGGGCGGGGGCGGGGGCGGAGGAGGAGAGGCCCACCACCACAGCGAGCACCAGCAUGAACCGCCUGGUGUGGGAGCUCCGCGAGCGGCUAGGCCGGGCGAGGGGCUUCUGGGCCGGGCUGCCCACGACGGUGUGCGGGGACCCCCGCAUGGCGGCGGACAUCUCUCAGGAGGCGGCACCCUGCUGGACCGGAGCUGGGCGGGGCCGGUACUUGUCGCCCGUGGUCGGGAUCUCCCCGACCGAGCAGCUCGACAACCCAGAGAUGGAGAAGGAAGACUCGGGCUCCGACCUCCAGACGCGGAGGCGGCGGCUGCAGCUCCGGGCGGCCACGACCAGGAUGAAGGUGGCCGCGCUGGGACGCGACCUGGAACUGGAAGACUGGGAUGAGGACGCCAGCGGUUCUGGAGAGGGACAGCACUAUGCAGAUGACUGGAUGGCUGGGGCAGCAGCUGUGGCACCCCCAGCCCGGCUGCCUCGCCCUCCUCGAAGGGAUGUUAGUGGGGGCAGAGGAGGAGGUGUCCUUGUCCGCCACAACCAGGGCAGGAGCAGGACUGGGGGGACAUCUGUUGGUUUUCACACCCAACCCAUUCUCAUUCUCUUCCUCUCAGCCCUGGCCCUGCUUGGACCAAGAUAACAGGGGAGGGGUGCCCUAGCAUCAGAAGGGUUCAUGGUCCAUCCCGUCCACCCCCUGCCGCUUGGCUGGAUCUGGGGAGGAAUCAAAGGGGGAUGCAGACAGAUAGAGAAAGGGACUUUUUGGGUGAAUGGCUGGGGCCCCAAAUCCAGAUUAUCAUUGGUGGGUUGGGGGUAGGUGGGUGGGUGGGUGGUGUUCAUGAUAUUUAUUUUUUCAUUUACGAUCUGGGGAGGAGGGGCUGGGGCUAUUUAUUUAGGAAGGAGGUGUACUUUUCAACCUCAACCUCUAUGUUGGGCCAUUUGUCAGCCUCAAAAAGGAAAAAGGGAAGAAUUUUAGAGUUGCAGUUGGGGAUGGGAUUUGAAGGAAGUUGGAAGUGGGGAGGGAUGGGGCACCUGAUCUCAAAGGGAUAAAGCUGGGUGCUGAUGGGGUGCAGGGCAGGGGACUGGGGUGUAUAUGAAUAGGAUGUCAGGAUCUGUGGGCUGUUUCUGUGUUUUCUCAGUAUCAAUUUCUUAAACUAAAAUGCCAAAAAGAAAAAAAAAAAGACUCAUCUCAUGAUCUCUGUCAUCCACAUCCUUCACAAACUUCCACAUUUCAUAUUUCAGUGUUGGAUUCAGUAUCUGUUCUACAAAUAAACAGCUAAUUUAUUGGA